UUCACGGCUGUGUCACAUGACUUGGGGUCAGCUGAUCAUUACGGACGGACAAGAUCACGACCAUUAGCUAGCUAUGUUCACCUAAUCCUGCUCGAAUUAUAGCUUUUUUGAGAUAUUAUAUUAACCUCAAACGAUUCGUUAUAGUUACAAGUAAAGUUAAAUAUUUAAGUUUAAAGCGUAGAAGUAGAUCGGUCAACAUAAAGACGAAAACAUGUCUGGAAAGGACAGGAUCGACAUAUUCCCGUCUAGAAUGGCCCAGACCAUCAUGAAGGCUCGACUGAAAGGGGCUCAAACUGGCCGCAGUUUGCUCAAGAAGAAAUCUGACGCUCUCUCGAUGCGCUUCCGUCAGAUCCUUCGUAAAAUUAUUGAAACUAAAACUAAGAUGGGAGAGGUGAUGAGAGAAGCAGCUUUCUCAUUGGCUGAAGCCAAAUUUGCAGCUGGUGACUUUAGCACAACUGUAAUCCAGAAUGUGAACAAAGCCCAGGUCAAGGUUCGAGCCAAGAAGGAUAAUGUGGCGGGUGUCACCCUUCCAGUGUUUGAACACUACCAAGAAGGUGGAGACAGUUAUGAACUCACCGGUCUAGCCCGAGGAGGUGAACAGCUCUCCCGGCUGAAGAGGAAUUAUGCUAGAGCUGUUGAGCUGCUUGUGGAGUUGGCCUCCUUACAGACAUCAUUUGUCACCUUGGACGAAGCCAUUAAGAUCACUAACCGCCGCGUGAAUGCCAUUGAGCACGUGAUUAUUCCCAGGAUUGAUCGCACUCUCACCUACAUCAUCACAGAGCUGGAUGAGAGGGAGCGUGAGGAGUUCUACAGGCUGAAGAAAAUCCAGGAGAAAAAGAAGCAGCUCAGGGAAAGGACAGAACGGGAGAUCGCCGCCCGGCUGGCUGCACUCGGUCCCAUCGCUGAGCCGGCUAACAUGCUGACGGAGGAGACGGACGAGGACCUGCUGUUUGAGUGAACCCCUCCCUCCCCCCGUGGUUCAACACUCAACGUCUUAUUUAUUCCGUGCCUCCGGCCACGUUCACACCUCCCUAUAAAGUUAUUUUUCCCCUCCAGAUCUGUGAUUGUGUUUCUGUGCUGGAAAAGUCUGAACGUCUUCUCGUGUCGCUGUACAGACAAGUCUUAAGAAAAAAAAAGUAAUUAUGAAUAAUAAACGUGUUGUUUGUGAGUAAAAUGAAAGAAGCCCUCUGUGUGAACGGCUCACCUGUAGACGUCGUUUGGAGCAUCGCAUGCUGUAAAGCUGAAGUCUGUGUUGUGGAAACCUGUGAAGGGUAAAUCUCUGACCCUGUAAAAUAUUGUCAACAAAAUAAAGAUGCUCUAAAUAUAAAGCAAA